GUCCACAGCAUCCAUCGCAUUGUUUCAAAAAAGAGGAUAAACUGCAUGAACUCUGUAAAAAAACAAAAAAAGGCGAUUCGAUUCGUUAUUUUCUCUACUUAAUUUCCAUAACAUAACCAUAACUUAUAGAACAGUGUCACUCUUAAAAAUGUUUUGUUUACAAAAAUGUCGUUAUUAAAACGUCACAGUUUUCAUGAAAUUCAUUUUAAUUUUUACUGUUAAAUAUUUCUAUUUUCUAAUUAUAAAUAAGCUCUAGUUAUUUUUAUAAUCGCAAAUUAUUGUUCUCGAUGUUUAAAUUGUCAUAACAUUAAAUUUUUUUUUGCUUGUUGAGCUAUGGAAAUAGAAGAAACUGACGAUAAAGAUUCGAUUUGCGAAGAAUCCCAUACUGCUUGUUCCGCAGUUAAUAAUUUAAUUUUGGAUUAUUAUAAAAAGUUUGGAAAGAAGCGAGAUUUAGAGCAAUUCUUUUCCCUAUCGACAGCGCAAAGUGAAGUGAGAGAUCCGUGCAGUUUAUUCUGGAGGAGAAUGAAGUCUCAUGACGAGUCUUCGGACUCUGGUGGCAAGAAGAGUGAAUCCUCUACGGAACUGUGUAGGAUUUCCAUCCAGUGCUCUAUACCAGAAGCCUCCACUUCACAGGUGCAUCUGUCAAGAGUUAAAAGUGACUCUGAAUCGCCUCCGAUAAUUAGUGAGGAGGUGAUCUCAGAGCCUAUCAGAAAUUCAGACAAUGAGUCUGUAAAGUCUGAUGAUGUACAAUCUCAGAAAUCUAUUGAUGCAUUAGACACUUCAACAAAUAAACCACAUUCACCAACAAGCAGCGUCACGUCUCAGAGAAAGCUUGAAUGGGACUCAUUAGCUGAUGUGGGAUAUGCUAAUGAAAGUGACAGAAAGAACUCUGCAUCCAGCUUAAGCACUUUGGAAAGAAUGGCUUUGCAGCAGCAGUAUUCAUUUAAUGACACAAGAAAUACUGGGAUAGGACCACCUACUGCACAAUCAACACCGUUUGAAGCUAAUGAAGCUAAGCCAAAGAAUAAAAAAGGUGCUGUUAAGAAAACAACUAAAGUAUAUCAAAAAGAUAUUGAAUCUGUAGAGUUAACUAUCCCCCAUAAUCCAGAAAAUAAACCACAACCUUUUAAUCUUAAUUUGACAAAACACAUCUCUUUUAAUGUGGAUAAAAAAGGCAGUGUUCUCAUUGAAAAUAUAUCAAAAAAUCUUUCUUUAAGUCCUGAAAAAGUAUCAGCUGAGACUGAGAUGACACCACAGAUUAAAAUAGAUAAAGAAAUCCAGACCACAAUGAAUAAUAGCAAAGAUGAAUUCUGUAACUCUGAUGAAAAACAGAAACAUGCUGAAAAUCAAAUUAAAAGAUACCCUGUGCUGAUUAGUUUAAAUACUUUGAAGAAAAAAACCAAGAAGAAGAAAGUUAAAAAAAUUAAAAGACAAAGUAGAAAAAGCCUGAUAACAGAUAAAGAAAAUGUCCCACUAGAAAAAAGUGGAGAUCAGCUUUCAGAAGCUGAAAGUUUUGAAUAUAUGCCAGGCCAUAUUUAUAAUCAAAAUCAUAUGAAUCACCAACAGAACAAUAAUAGCGCUGAUAACAAGUCAAGUUUAGAAUCAAGUGGUUUACACACAACUACAGACUCAAGCAAAACUACAAAGUAUUCUUUCACUAAAGAUUUAGAAAAGAGUAUAGAUGUGCUUAAAUCUGUUCUUAAUCGAAAACAUGAAGAUACUAAUUUAAAAAAGAACCUCAUUAAAGAUUUAGUUCAAAGACUUGUUGAAUCAAAAUAUAAAAGUGAUAAGAGCUCUACUGAAUUGUUAUCAGGUUUGAGUUUUAAUAGUAAGAGAUUAGGAUUAGGAGAUCAUGAUUAUACUACCACAAGUACCUCAGAUACAAAUAAUACUGCCAAUGAAGCCAAACAAUCUAAACCAAAGAAAUCUAUUUUGCGCAUGGAAAAAUUUAAUACAAACCCCAUAGCCUCAACGUCGCAAAGUGUUCCUAAUAUACCUAUUUUUACAAACAAUGAAAAACGUGUUGAUUCUAAUAAUAUGAAUUCUGUUGAUCAUUCGAACACUGAUACUGACAUUUCUAACAAAAAUAAAGCAUUUUCAGAUAUAUGUGUAGACAAAACAUCUUCAGAUGAAUUAUAUAAAAAGUAUUUAGAAGCAUUAAAAAGAGAACAAGCUUACAAAAGACAUUUGAAGGAAAAAGAGAUGUUUUUAAAACAUAAACUUGUUAGUUCUGAUGUCUCCUGCAAUCCUAUUAAGCAUAUUGACGCUAAAGCCCAAAAUAGGGUAAAAGACCUAAUGAAAGACUUGAUUAGAAAUAACUAUGACGAUGGAUCAGGUGAUGCAAGUAAACUGGAAGGUGGAUCAAGUGGGCAUAUGAAAAUUGAAAAAUAUAAUUCUUUGAGGAAACACAGAAGUCAUUCUGUGUUUACGUUAUCGUCAGCAAAUUCAGAAAAUUGUUGCAAAAAUAGCCGAAAUGUAAAUAAACAUCCAACUGAAGCAGGCUGUUCGAAGAUUGAUAGUAAAUUGGAGAAACAUUAUUGCUGUUGUCCACAUCAUGCUUUACAUCCUAAAGUAGGAGUUGUAGAUAGUUCAGUGCAGGUUAAUAUCAAAUCUUGUGAAGAAAAUGAUACUUCUAUUCAUAAAAGGCAAGAAUGCAUGUCUCAGAAUCCAAAGAUACCUGAAACAGAGCUAUUUACGUGUAACAAAUGUAAAAGUCCAAGAAAUAGAACUGUACUUGAGGGCACAACAGAUGACUUUAAAUAUGUUUGCCUUUGUACCGAUGAUGGAAUUAUGCCUCAGGAAAUGCCUGAAAAAUUUCUAAUUUACAAAUGUUCUAAAUUACCUAGUAAUGUUUUAAAAUUAGAAAAUUUAGUUCCAAAAAUUACCAAUAUUGUUAGUGGGAGUUCUAGUAAUUUCACUUCCCCUCAGCAAAAAAUAUCUUCAUUUAAAAGCCAAGAUUGUGAGAAAAAAUGUUUAGUUAUAAAGGAUAGUACUAGUUCAAAUAACCAAACAUCGAAAUCGUCACAAACUAAUCUUAUCUUGCCUAUUAAUCUCCGACCUACAACAAGCCGACAAAGUAUAAGCUCCUCAGUAACAGAUGGUAGAGAUAAUGUUUUAGAGCACCAAAUUAUAAAAGGGACACGAAUACAUGAGGCUACAAGAUGCAUACAAACUGAAAUCAGUAUUGAUCCAAGGAAAUCUGACCCUUCAUUAUCUGAUAUUAAUAUUAUAAAUGAUGAAAAUUGUGCUGCUUUGAUAAGUGAACAGUACAAAAAUAUUCCUUUAGAAAAAAACAUCAACUGUCAAUUUGAUAAAAGUAGUGUGCAAGUACAAAGUAGCGAAAGUAGUAUACCUGAAAGUAAAAGAAAAUUACAAGCGGGUUCUGAAACAUAUGGAAGUACCAGUGCUGAUGAGGAAUUUACUACUAUUUUACAUAAAGUAGACAAAGAAGUUCAAUCUUUUCCUGAUAAUAUAUCUAACAACAAUACUGAAGGAGAUAGAGCUGAACAAUUUUCGAAUAAUUUUACUAUACCAAUACAAGGCACUAACAUGACUCUUAAAGUCAGUUUAGGUUCUGGAACUGGCAACCCUUUAUGUGAUGACAAUAACAUUUAUAACAAAAGUAAUAACAAUUUUGUGUCCAAAGGAACAGAGACAAUAAAGCCUCAUGUUGCUGAAAAUGCAACAUCAUUACAAGAAGAAUGUUCAAAAGCAGUACAAUCUAGUGGCACAAAAAUAAUUGACGAGUUUUAUCAAAAGCCUGCAAAAGCAUCAUGUUGUGAAGAAAUAAAUCGGAAUACAUACAGUGCUCAUUUUAAUUCUCAAUUUAGGAACAAUGAACAAUCGAAUGUCCUUACUAAAUCUUGUUAUGUAAAUCCUUCCCUCACUGAUCGCAAAUACAAUACAUAUCCAACUGAGGAUCGAAGCCACUUACAAAAACCUCUGCUUCGUUCUAAUACAGACCCUAGUAAGAUUGAAAAAGCUCACGUGACGUUUCAUCAACAGACGACAAAAGACACAAGAGACCAAGAAGAUGUUGUUACAACAUCACCAAAACAAUCUAAAGCAGUUUCGACAAACCAACAAGAAAAAGCUGUUUCUUGUAGCUCAGAUGAUAUGUCAUCAAAAUCUACAGAGAUAAGUAUGAAAACUAAAGCUAGCUCAGGUAUGAAUAAACAACCCAAAUCAUCUUGUAGUGAUACUGACGGUCAAACUGUAAAAGAUCCUGUACUGGAUUUAAUACAAGAUAUAACUAAACGAUAUUCAAAGAAGGACAUUGAAAAGAGCAAAAGGAAAAAGUGCUUUAAAGAAAUUAUUACUGUCCUCAGCUACCUUUUAGACACUGAAGAAAGUACAGAUCAUGAACAAAAUAAAGCGUCAAACUCAUCCUAUGAUACAGGGGAUAACUUAAUAGAAAAAGACAGUGGUGAAUCCAUACCGGUUAAGACUUUCGUAGAUAAAGCAGUUCAGCUAUCCACUAAAAAGUCCAAAUCGCAAAAAGCUUCUACUGAAUCGUCAGAUUUCCCUAUAUCAACAGAGCUCCCAAGUACCUCUUCGGACGCCGCCACUUGUAAAGUUUUAAAUAAAAUUAAAAAAGAAUGCGAUAAAUAUCACCAAAAACGGUGCAAAUAUCACAGUGGUGGUAAAAAUUGUGAAGGCUCAAGUAGUACUUCCGCAAACUGUGACCAAUGUAGACGCGUUCACUACUGCUCAUGUAGAGGACACAAAUGCAAAGGCCACAGAUCAAAAACAACAGUCGAGAAAUCAAAGAAGAAAUGCGUAGCAUACAACUUGAUCAUCCAGACAUCAGACAGUAUAGUCAGCGAAGAAAUAAACUGCGAAGACAAUCGCCGCCAACUUAAAAAUAUAAUCGUCAAAGUUCCUUCUAAGCGAAAGGUUGAUAACGUGCCUUUUAAAGAAAUGGAAAAGAAAAUUGAAAGAGAAAUGCCCCAUUGCAGUCCACGCAACAAUAAUCGUGGUCACCGAUCAAAGAGCUUGCCGAAUGACAGUGAAAUAUCUAGCACAGACGAUAUUAUGAAGAAAGCACAAGACUACACUGUGCGGGAGUUUUUAGAAAAGAAUCGGCCUGACUUCAUAGAAAGUAGCUCCAAUCGCCAAGAUUGCUUAAAAUUGAUUAAUAAAAGCAGAGCCAAAGAACGCGCUUCCAAACGUCAACUGUUGUCAUUGCUGGAGCGUCAACAAGAAUUAAAUGCUCUCAGCGAAUCUGAUUUAAAAGAUUUUGCUAGAGCAUUAGGUGGUGAAAUGAGAAGAAAAAAAGUUGCACCAAAAUUUAUAAGUGAGCGAGAAAUGAAGAAACACUCUGAGAAAAUUUACAAAUCACUGCCUGAAGUCGUGCAGAAGAAAGAGGAGAUUAAAAAGGAGAAUAUCAAGAAAACAAAUUUACUGAUGGCUCACAUUUUUAAAAAGAAUCUCCAAAAAAAAACUCUUCGGGGCGCUAUUAAUAUUUCAAAUUACAGUUCAUUAAUUAAGAUUUGACAAAAAAGCGAGUUUAGAAUAAUUAUUAUUAAGGACGAAAAGACAUUUUGUGUUCAAUGAUAUUAUUAGUAGGUACAUACUGUUUUAUUUGUUGACAUCGUUGUUAUAUUAUUGCUACAAAAUUGUAUAAUGUUUGUUUAAAUGUAUUAUAUUUAAAUUUGUAAAGUACUUAAUGUAAUAUUAAAAUUUUUACUAUGAA